GUCAUCUGACUCAGCUGUCAGUGCCGCCUCCCUGGCGACGCAUCACCUGAUCCGUGGGGGCGGGAUCACAUACCCGGCCCGGUUCCGGUUCGACCGUAGUUCCCCCUUUAAACUCCGGGAGUCUCCACAGCCACCGCCGCUGCCAUGAUGUCGGCUUUCCCCGAGCUCUACUUCAACGUGGACAAUGGCUACUUGGAGGGCUUGGUCCGGGGCCUCAAGGCCGGGGUGCUGAGCCAGUCGGAUUACGUCAACCUGGUGCAGUGCGAGACGCUCGAGGAUCUGAAACUACACCUCCAGAGCACAGACUAUGGGAACUUCCUGGCGAAUGAAGCAUCUCCACUCACUGUGUCAGUCAUUGAUGACAAACUCAAGGAGAAGAUGGUGGUAGAGUUCCGCCACAUGAGAAAUCACGCCUAUGAACCUGCCAGCUUCCUGGACUUCAUCACCUACAGCUACAUGAUCGACAAUGUUAUCCUGCUGAUAACGGGGACCUUGCACCAGCGCUCCAUCGCUGAACUUGUGCCCAAGUGCCACCCACUAGGCAGCUUUGAGCAGAUGGAGGCCGUGAACAUUGCUCAGACACCAGCAGAAUUAUAUAGUGCUAUCUUAGUGGACACCCCACUUGCUGCAUUCUUCCAAGACUGCAUCUCUGAGCAGGACCUCGACGAGAUGAACAUCGAGAUCAUCCGCAACACUCUGUACAAGGCCUACCUAGAGUCUUUCUACAAGUUCUGCGCCUUGCUGGGGGGCACCACUGCCGAUGCUAUGUGCCCUAUCCUGGAGUUUGAGGCUGACCGCAGAGCCUUCAUCAUCACCAUCAACUCGUUUGGCACUGAGCUCUCCAAGGAGGACCGGGCCAAGCUGUUCCCACACUGUGAGCUCUACCCUGAGGGCCUGGCCCAGCUGGCCCGGGCUGAUGACUACGAGCAGGUCAAGACUGUGGCUGACUACUAUCCGCAUUACCCCAUUAUCUCUCCUAGGAAUAUUAAACUGCUCUUCGAAGGAGCUGGCAGCAAUCCUGGGGAUAAGACCUUGGAGGACCGAUUCUUUGAGCAUGAGGUGAAGCUCAACAAACUGGCCUUCCUCAACCAGUUUCACUUUGGCGUCUUCUACGCCUUCGUGAAGCUCAAGGAGCAGGAGUGCCGGAACAUCGUGUGGAUCGCCGAGUGCAUCGCCCCGCACCGGGCCAAGAUCGACAACUACAUCCCCAUCUUCUAGCCACUCUUCUGAUCCCCGUACGCUCCUUCGGCAUGAUUCCGUGAGGCCCCCCCCCCCCCACACACACACCCCGGGGAAGGACAGCGAGGCUCCGUGGGGAUGUGGGUCCUCAUGAGCUCGUGGUACUGUGCAUGCGUGUAUUUGUAACGUGGCCACCGUUCUGGCCUGUCCCACAUGCACUUCAUGCUGAUGAAGCAGGGCUCCCCCUUCCGUCCCGCUCCCCUCCCCACCCCUCUGGAGCUGUGUCCAGGCUGGGGGGGGAGGGGUCUACGAGCCUGGUAUCCGAGCUGAGCCCCCCCCCCCCAGUAGCCCCUGUAACUUCUGUGUUGUUAAAACCCUGUCUAAGAGAGGUGGACACGGGGGUACCCCUGUCCUGAUGUUUACAGCUGUUAAAGGCACCUGAGAAGCAUGUGGUCACUUUGCUACCCUCCUCCCCCUCCUUGCAAAGAGUCAGCUUGACUGCCCCAUAGGUCACCUGACUCCUCUCAGCUGCCCCAGGGCCCCGUCACCAGUGGAAAAGUGAUAUAGAGGUGUUUCAGGGUGGGGGUGCCCUGCAGAGUCAUCCCUCUCCCUGACAUACACACAUACACAGACCUCCCCCACCAGCAGGAGCCAGGGCUCAGUCUCUGCACACUAAGGAGCCUUCGCUCUCCCUUCCUCCUUCCCUCAGCCAGGAGGGGGGCUGUGUAGUAUCCUCCCCCAAAUGGGGGAUCUCUCUUCUCUCAAACUCCCCCUGAGUUUUUGUGUUUCUCCUAACAAUAAAGCUGCCCAUUCUGUGAA